GCCUAUCCAAGUUCAAGCAAUGUCGGAGCAUCGCGACAAGGUCGACGACGAGCCCAACGCAGUUGGGGUUGAACUCCUCGCUGCGAACGAGGAUGAAAACUACCAAGGGCUUACAUUGAAAUGUGUUCUGGUCUAUCUGUCUAUUCUUAUCGGUUGCACUGCACAGGUACUCGCUAUUGUUGCAACUGGCGCGUUUGCGAGAAACGUGGCCGCCAGCGUCGGUGAGCAAGACAAAUAUAUCUGGAUCCCUCAAGGCCUGAUCAUCUGCGUUACCUUCACGGCAGCCCCAAUUGCGCAGGCGUCGGAUUUCUGGGGUCGCAGAGUACCCAUCCUCAUUUCCACAGCCCUCUGCUUCAUCGGUUCGCUUCUGAUAAGCAGGGCGGUUUCCAUGACCAUGGCGAUUGCUGAGUGCUGCUGGUCGGUGUAGGAUCAGGAUCGUCCUCAUUACUGUAUGCAGUUGCAUCAGAGAUCAUGCCGAGGCGAUAUCGACCAAUCGCUCAAGCCGGAGUCAACAUUGCCAAUUCACUUGGAGGAAUAUUCACACUGCUCGCCGGCUUCGCUCUUGUCAAGAAGAGUGACGAAGGCUUUCGGGUUGUCUAGUACAUUAGCACAAGAUUUUUCGCCAUCAACUUUAUCGCUAUCCUGUUCCUCUUCAAGCCGCCCAAACGGCCCCUCGAAGUAUCUUUGAGCUUUCGGCAGAAGCUCAAGGCUCUCGACUGGAUAGGAUACAUGCUAUUCUCUAUCGGAAUGAUUCUGUUCAGCAUGGGCCUGACAUGGGCCAACAACCCCUAUCCCUGGAAGGAUGCUCAUGUGCUCAGCACCUUUAUUGUCGGCGUAGGUUUUAUCGCCCUCACUGUCAUGUGGGAGGUCAAGAAGAAGGACGGAUUCUGUCACCAUGCUCUUUUUGAAACGAGCCGCAACUUCGCCCUUGCGCUUAUCCUUGUUUUCGCCGAAGGAGUUGCAUUCUACGCUGUCAACAACUUCCUCCCUUUCGUAUUUUCGCUCUUUUUUGAGACCGAUCAAUUCAAGGCCGGGGUUUUGGUCUCCAUCGUCUUCAUUGGCGGGGCAGCUUCAUCCGUGGUUGGCGGCCUUUACUCUUCAAAGACAAAAAGGGUUCGACCGCCCUUGAUGGCUGGAAUGGGGCUCUUUCUCAGCUAUUUUGCAUGUAUGGCUACCAUCAAGCUCAACCAGUCAGCUGCCAUCUGGGGCUUUACGGUUCUGGCAGGCCUUGGUCUUGGAUUCGGCCUUGUCAGUGCCGUCACGACGGGCCAGAUUAGCACUCCACCAGGUCUUAUUGCCACCACUAGUGGCCUGAUCUUGACUGCGAGGUCUUUGGGCGGCUCUGUGGCUCUUCCUGUCUACACCGCCAUCCUCAACUCCCUAUUAUCCAAAAAUCUCGGCCCCGAGAUAGCUGAGAGAGUUCUUCCUCUUGGGCUCUCUGCUGAUAACUUAUUGGAUUUAUCAGUGCUUUAGCCAACGACGAUCAACAAGCUCUGGCCACUAUUCCAGGCGUCAACCCCGACAUCAUUUCCGCGGGACUUAUUGGAUUGAAAACGGUCUAUCUCAUAGCCUUCCGUGGCAUCUGGAGUGCUGCAGCAGCAAUCUCAGCCGUCGGUUUCAUACUCGCCAUUUUUGUUACUGAUCCUCGCAAAAGCUUCAAUAUGCACGUGGAUGCGCCCGUGGAGCACGAACUUGCCCUCAAGCUUCAUGUGGGCCGAGAGCCAACUAAGACGAGCAACGAGACAGCUGGAACAGCAAAUGACACACUUGACACUAUCGGCAAGGUAACUGGAGAGAAGAACUGAGGCGGGAGUUUGGCUCGGUCACAAGGACGGCAAGGUGCACGAGGAGACAAGUAGGUAGUCAGGGGCUUGUGUAUUUCCCCGAAAUCCCUAGUAGCCCUACGCUGCUCUGUGUCCACAAGGACGUCCACGCUUUGCGACCAUGAUACCCUGUAACAUAUCAUCCGCAUGAGGCUGAGAAUCAAGCAUGCUUAAUUGAGUGGCU